AUGGGCUCGGCGGCGUCGAGCGCCGUGGGCCCGAGCGGGUAUAGCCUGGACGACCUCCUCGCCCACCGCAGCGCGACGGGCGACCUGACGGCCCAGGCGCUCUGCGACCUGGCCCAGACCCACUUCGACGUGGCCUGGAGGCCGGAGGACCUCGCGAAACACAGGGUCGUCCAGGGCAAGGCGUCGCCCGCGCCGGGCGACGCGGUCGUCAUCGACGGCGACGGCUUCCGCGACUACGUCGGCAAGGCCUGCGUGCGCAAGGGCAACGCCGUGAGCUUCCCGGAGAAGCCCGGCGACAUCUACAGCCUCAUCUCCCCGCUCGAGGCGCGCCAGGGCUUCCCGCGCGCGCUCGCGGCGCUGAAAGCGAACCCGAAGCUGGCCGCGCAGCCCAUGCGCGGCCACGGCGCGGGCAGCUCCUGGCUGCCCCUCCACUGCGUUUUGCUCCUGGGGCCCAAGUUCCAGGGCUGGUGGUGGCCCUUGGCCGAGCCGCUCGUCGGCGCCUUGCUCCAGGCGCACCCGCGCGCGGCGCAGCAGCGCGUGCUCGAGGGCGUGCCCUUCCCCUUCGGCCACCUGCCCCUGGAGCUCGCCGUGACGCGCGGCUGGGACGCGCGCGUCGUCGCCAAGGUCCACGGCGCGUACCGCGCGGCCGCGUCGACGCUCGACCCCAUCCGGCUCCCCAAGGCCGCGCUCUCGAAAGCCGCGAAAGCGGAGAAGAAGACCGCGGGCAAGGGCGCCAAGCCGCCGCCCGCGUCUUCCGCGCCGGAGAUCGCGCUCCACGAGAUCAAGGGCGGCGGCACGGUCGCGACGCUCGCCGCGGCGGGCUGGAAGAAGGAGGACGCGCCGGAAUCCAUACGGGGCCUCCGGUGGUGCCGCAAGGCCGCGGAGUCGUGCAAGCCGCGCAUCAAGCUCGACGUGCUCCUCCUCCUCCCCAAGCCGGACAAGGACCUGGGCAACUGGAGCGACGGCCGCGAGAUCCGGCGGUCCUUCGAGGACAAGCUGAGCUCCAAGGCCUGCAAGGCCGCGAAGCACGCGUCGAAGCGCGCGAAGCGCGCGGAGAACUUCGCGAAAAAGGCCAUGGGCAAGGGCAAGAAGAUCGCCGACGACCCGAACAAGGCCAAGGCCGCCGUCGCCGAGCUCCUCGAGGCCGCGGCGCUCUACGCGUCCAUCGUCGAGACGCUCGUCGCCGCGCACGAGGGCUUCGUCGUCCUCGACGACUCCAAGCUCGCCGCGGCGAAGACGGAGUACGGCGGCAAGCGCACCGCGGCGCUCGAGCGCGCGGACACGAUCGAUCUCCUGCCGCUGAACCCGACGGCGCCGGGCCAGCUGGCGCGCGCGUGGUACGACGCGAUGCACGCGGGCGGCCACGCGCCGCCCGAGGCGCCCAACGCGGCCGCGCCGCCGGAGACCGACGCGCCCGCGUCGAGCGCCAAGGGCGGGGCCGAGCCGAAGAAGGACUGGGCGAGCCCCAGCGGGCUGCCCGCGCCGGCGCACGGCGGCGCCAUGGGCCCCAAGCAGGAGAAGAAAAAACGCGCGUCCUACUUUGGCGGGUCGGGCAAGAAGGCGGCGCUCCUGCCGGCCCUCGAGGAGCGCGUCCUCGUGUCCCUCGCCCUCGUCUACGACUUCCUCAACGCCCGCGUGAAGUCGUCGCCCUGGCUCUACCGCGACGGCGGGUCGAAGAAGGCGCAGAUGGCCGUCGCCGUCGCCAUCCGCGAGGGCACCAUCGGCGCCCAGCUCGCCGGCGGCAAGCUCGACCUCGACGGCGACGUGCCCGCGGUCUGCGCGGCCGUCAAGCAGACGCUCGCAAACCACGCGCCGAUCACGGGCUACGGCCACUACGGCGCCUUCCUCGACGCCGGCGGGAGCGCCGACGCGCUCCGCGCCGCCUGCGGGUCCACGCUCGCGCCCGUCAUGGCGCGCGCGCUCCACGAGCUCUGCGGCCACCUCCUCGCGGUCUCGGCCGCGGGACCCGCGACGCAGCUCGCGACGGGCCAGCUCGCGCACGUCUUCGCGCCGCUGCUGCUGCGCGCGUCCGAGGACAAGGGCGCGUCGCCGCGGGCCGACGAGGCGCGGGCGCGCACCUGCGCGGCGUCGAUCUUGGCGCUGCCCUGGACCGCGCCGGCGUCGCGGGAAACGAACGUCGAGCGGUCCAAGUCGUGGACCGCGGACCGGCCGAGCCUCGACGGCGCCGCGCCGGUCUUCGCCGGCGCGCCCGAGCUCCCGAGCUCGGCGACGGCGCCGGCCCUGUCCCUCGGCGCCGCCGCGCGCGUCGCGGCCGCCGCGCGGCGCCGGUCGUCGUCGGGAGGGUCCUCGGGCUCUUUGGGCCUCCGGUCGCUCAAGGUGAGCUGGGCGGGCGCCGAGGACGGGCCAAACGACGAGGACGCGCUCCGGAACGCCUUCGCCUUCGCCGGCGCCGUCCACAAGGCGGGCAUCUCGCUGAAGAAGCACUCGGGUUUGGUGCUCUUCAAGGACGAGCAGGCCUGCGCGCGCGCGGCCGCGGAGUACGACGGCCCCUGGGUCGCGCGCCGCGUCGCGGACCCCGUGCUCCUCCUCCAGGACGCGCCGCCCGACGAGCCGCCGCCGCCGCCGCCCGCGGAGCGGCCGCUGCCGCCGCCCGCGGAGCGCCGGUUGUCGCAGACGCUGCCCGCGCCGUCGUCCGCGGCCGCCGCGCCCACGAAAAAGGUGCUCGACGUCCAGGCGCGGACCCUCAAGGUGACCUGGCCGUCCUUCGCGCCGCGGCCCAAGGACGAGGACCUCCAGUUCGUCUUCAAGAAGUUCGGCCCCCUCAUCCAGUGCGGCGUGGGACUGAAGAAGCGGUCCGCGCUCGUACUCUUCGCGAAAGCGCCCGACGCCGCGGACGCGGAGCUCCUCUACCGGGGCCCCUGGAGCGUGACGCGCCUCCUCGCCGCCGAGGCCCCCGCCGCCGCCGCGAGCGACGGCGAGGCGCCGCCCGCGCGCCGCCGGUCCAUCUCCGCGCUCGCGGCGCCCGGCGGCCCGGAGCGGACGCUCAAGGUCAAGUGGAACGGCGACGUCGAGAGGCCGAGCGAGGACAUGCUGCGCACGGUCUUCGGCCACUACGGCGCCGUGCUCAAGUGCGGCAUCGGCAAGCGGUCCGCGGCCCUCGUCCAGUUCGCCGACGCGGACGCGGCCGCCGCCGCGGAGCGCGGCUACGCCGGGCCUUGGCGCGUCGCGCGGCUCUCGGGCUCCGGCGACGGCUCGGAGCCGGGCACGACGGACGACGACCGCACCGACGACGCGCCGCCGCCGCCGCCGACGGCCGCCGAGGUCCGCCGGCGGUCGCUCGCGGCGCAGACCCUCGGCGACGAGAUCCGCGCGACGAUCAAGGAGCUCGUCGGCGGCGGCGCGGCCCCCCGGCUCCUCGCGGCCGCGCCGCCGCUCGCGGCCGCGGCGCCGCCCGGCGCGCCGGGGGCCGCCGGGGGCUCGCCGCCGCGGGGAGCGCCCGAGGCGACGGCGCGCGCGGCGCGCGACGAGUUCGCGGCGCUCAUGGAGUCGCAGACGCGCAUCGCCGCGUGGAAAUCAACCACUGGGUGGCGCAUCGCGCGGAAGCUCGAGGCGGACCUGGGGCGGCUCCGCCACGACCUCGACGACAUCCGCGGCGAUGACGGCGGCCACCUCGCCUACCCCGCGCUCCUCGGCGACGCGCCCCGGCCGCGCCACACGUGGCACGGCGACAUCGUCCGCCGGCCGCCGCCAAAGACGUACUACGAGCGCGGCGCGGCCUUCUCGGACUGGAAGCCCGCGGCCGGGCCCCGCCUCGGCCGGGGCGCCUACGGCGGCGCCUACGGCGGCGCGCCGGCGCGCCGCGCCUACGUCAGCGUCGGCCCCGAGUUCAACCCGACGAGCCCCGCGCUCCGGGAGUGGUGGGGCAACAUCACGAGCGCGGACCGGCCCGUCGUCCUCAACAUCUCCACGUCGGACCGGCCCGUCUACUGA